AUGGCAGGAUUUAUCGACUACAGCAAGCGCAGUCGUGCGCCUGGUGCUGUCUCAGAGACCAGCGCAGACGCCGAAUCCGUCAGAAACACACAAGAUCCUUUCGAUGAGCAGAACGCUCGUCCACAAGAAGCCCACGAGCCCAACUCGGAAGCCGCGCCUCGCGCCCCUCGCCGUUCCGAAGCGAGCGAUGCCGAUGCCGCUUACGAGGAUGCUUCCGAUGAAUUCGAUGGUCGUCCAGCAGAGCCUUCCCGUCCCUCUCGUGUUGAGGUCGUGAGGGAUCCUGGUGCUCGUGGCAACUACCCGCAUCGCGACGAACGUCCCUUCUUCGACCCCACGUUCCCCAACUACCAGGCUGAAGCGCCCCUCGAGAUGCCCUUCUUCGACCACGUCGUUGCCGAUUACGGUCACUAUGGUCUUUUUCAACGCCUGCGACUCAACUUUCGUCAGGCCAUCUCCUUUCUCAUUAGCACCACCGCUCUAGGCACUGUUCUCUUCGCUGCCUACUUUUCCUACUUCAACCCGUUCAAAAAAUCACCACCAAAGUCAAAGGCAGACCGCGAAUACGAACGCAGGAUCACAGGCGAGCGCGGUUCCGGCAGACCCGCUUAUUAUGCCGAGUUCUGGGGCUACCAAUGCGACGAGCACGACAUUGUCACCGAGGGCGGCUGGAUCCUCAAGGCACACAGGAUCUCGGACCCUCGUCGCGCUGGCGGCGUCGGCUACCCUGUCAUUCUUCAGCACGGGAUUCUCUGCAACUCGGCUCAUUUCAUCGUCAGCGAGGAGCGCUCCAUGGCCUUCUGGCUAGUCGACCAAGGCUUCGAUGUGUGGAUCACCAACAUCCGCUCCAACUUCAAGGCCGGCCACACCGAGUACACUCGAUCUGACCCUCGCUUCUGGGCUUGGGGUCUCAAGGAGCUCGCCUUUGAUCUGCGCGAUCUCGUUGACUACGUCACUGCUGCUACCGGCUAUCCGCAGCUCGCCUACGUCGGUCACUCGCAGGGUUCCGGCUCCAUGUACCUCGCCCUCAGUCCCGGUAUCUGCCCCGAGAUUGGCAACAAGCUCAGCUGUUUCAUCGCUCUUUGUCCUUCCGUCUACGCCGGCUCCGUCUUGCGAAAGUUCCCCUUCUCUCUGCUUCGUCAAUUCCGCUCCCGAAAGUGGUGGGGUCUCGUCUUUGGCGUGCGAGAGUUCAUGCCCGCCAUCGGUAUCGCACAGGCUUUCCUGCCCGCCUUUUGGUUCGGUCACAUUGCCUACGUCAUCUUUGCCUUCCUGUUUGGCUUCCACGAUCACAAUUGGCUCUCGCGACACAAGCCCAAGAUCUUCCGAACCGUGCCCGUCCCCACCUCGUCCGAGCUUCUCUACUGGUACAUGUCCGGUUUCUCGCACCGAGGUUGCAUCUUUGACCCACGCAUCACCGAACCAUGGUUCCCCAGGACCUUCCCACCUCACUCUUUAUUCUACGGUGACAUUGACUAUCUCGUGCUGGGCAAGCCAAUGGUGCAACGCAUCCAGCGUUACGAGCCCAAUGUCGAGAUGAUUCACACGGUCGAGCUGCAGAACUACGAGCACCUUGACGUCAUCUUUGGCGUCGAUGCCUUCCGAACCGUUUUCCCCGGCAUCAAGGACACCAUUCUGCAGACCAUGGACCCCGAGGAUGCGGCCCCCGAGAUGUCUGAGCGAGGUGGACGCUACUAG